CCCGCCUGCCGCGCUCCGUGCGCGGGCGGCGCCCGGCGCUCCCGGCGCCCUGACGGCGGCUGGGCCGGUCAUGGAGCGGCUGCAGGUGGAGGCGGAGGCCCUGGAAGAGUACGCGGAGUACCGGCGAAUUGUAGGUGAUGAUGAUGGAGGAAAGCUCUUUACUCCUGAGGAAUAUGAGGAGUACAAAAGAAGAGUACUACCAAUUCGAUUACAGAACAGGUUGUAUGUGAGCUGGAGAUCACCAACUGGCAUGGACUGUAAGCUUGUGGGACCAGAGACACUGUGCUUUUGUACUCACCGGUAUAAACAACACAAAACAGACUAUGAAGUGCUUCCCAAAGAGCGUCCUAUUUGUGUGCCUUGCAGAGUGAGAUGUUGUCCAUGCCAGUCCUACCACUAUGUCCCUCUGAAUGGCACCCAGCCCAUCCGCUGUAGAUGCAAACACUUUGCUGACCAGCACAGUGCAGCACCUGGAUUUCCAUGUAACUCUUGUUCCAAGUGUUCAGGCUUUCAUAGUUGCUUUACUUGUGCAUGUGGUCAGCCAACAUAUGCUCAUGAAACAGUUGUGGAAACCAAAGAGGAGCGCUUGGCCCAAGGAAAGCCUGUGGGGCAGGAUGUUCCUUAUGCUGCUAUGGGAGGACUGACUGGUUUUAGUUCCCUAGCAGAAGGCUACAUGAGACUUGAUGACAGUGGAAUAGGUGCUCCUUCUGCUGAACUUUUAGCAGCCCCUGUUACCAGCAUGGAUCAUCCAUUUCUAAAAGCAUUUCAGGGGCCUUCUAGUUCUGCUCAAACCAUCUCACAGAGAGCAGGUAGUUCAAGUGCCACAGGGCAAAUUUCUCAUGGAAAACCUUCAGAAGAAGAUGACAUGGCUUACUUUGAAAAACGUUAUCAAGAACGGCUGAAAAUGGAGAAAGCUGCUAAACGGAGAGGGAAAAGUCCAGUGCCAUCAAAGAAGCCAUGAGAUUAAUAAAUAAAUAAAUAUUUAUUAUUUGGCACACUGCUCAGAUUGCAUUGAGUAUUUUUCUCUGUGCCUACCUGCAUACUUCUGCUUAUUAAUUUAUUUAUUCUUAUUUAUUCUGUUGUUUUGUUAUUUUGCUGAAAUUAAUUUUUAAUUAUCUUGUUAUAAUAAAAUUGAUUCUUUAAUCAA